AUGCAGCUCAGCACCAUUUUCCUUCUCGCAAGCUCUGCCAUCAUCCCGCUGGUGGCCGGCCAGGAGUGCUACUCCAUUCAGCGGUACGGACGCCGCGACGACUGCCGCCGCUGCGAUCGAGGCUAUCGCUUCUACCGCGAGCGAGGCAGACGAUGCCAUCCCGAUCGUCAAUGCUGCCGUGGCUACUGCUGUACUGACCGUGACUGGGACUAUGGUGACCCUGUGAGUGCUAUCGGUUCCCCUGACCCCGAACAGCCUGAUAGGCAGUGGGAGAUGCAGGCGUCUCUGUUUUAG